UUUCUCUGGUAGCUGGACCCAGCCCAUGGGGCAGCCCCGGGCUCUGCCGACACCAGCCCCUGAGACGGAGCCUGCAGGAUUUCUGAUUCUCAAAACCCAGUGUGGUCUCCAGAUGGAGCAAGGGGAAGAGCUGUGGGUCCCAAAUCUCCAGGGUGCUGAGGAAAGGGAGAGUCCAAGAGGCUCCAGGGCAGCAGGUGAUGGGAUGGUGAGUGAGAGCGAAGAGAAGAACCCCGAGAAGGAAGGUCCUGAGCAAGUGGCACCGUAUGAGGUGGGACCAGGGAGAUCUGAUGGGGAUGUUUCCCCCGAGCAGAGCAAAGCCUGCGGGAGUCAGGGCAGGUCAGAGAAGGAGCAGGAGAGCCACCCAGAAGAGAGACAGGAGAAUCCCGGUCACACUCAGGGAUAUUUUGGGAGACACAAUGACUCUACAAUCCACAGGGGACCCUGCCCCGGGGAGAAACCCAACACAUGUGAGGACUGUGGGAAAAGCUUCAGCCUGAGGUCAAAUCUGAUCACCCAUCAAAGACUGCACCUGGGGGAGAGACCCUACCAGUGCCCAGAGUGCGGGCGCUGCUUCAGCCAGAGCUCGCAUCUCAUCACGCACCAGCGUCUGCACACAGGAGAGCGGCCCUACCGAUGCCGGGACUGCGGAAAGAGCUUCAAUGUGAACUCAGACCUGAUUAAACACCAGCGAACGCACACCGGUGAGAGGCCCUAUCCCUGCACUGAGUGUGGGCGGCGAUUCAGCAGUAGCUCAAACCUCACGAGACACCAGCGGCUGCACACGGGCGAGAGACCCUAUCGGUGCGAGGCCUGUGGAGAAAGCUUCCGGGACUGCUCAUCCCUCACUAUCCACCAGAGAGCGCACACAGGAGAGAGGCCCUAUGUCUGCCCCGACUGCGGAAAAGGCUUCACUGACAGCUCCCUCCUCAUCAAGCACCAGAGGACGCACCAGACAGAGAAGUGCUUUAACUGCCCUGACUGUGGGAAAAGCUUCUCCACCAGCACAUACCUGGCUAGGCACCAGAGAACCCACCUGGCCGAGAAGCCUUAUCAGUGCGACGAGUGUGGCAGGGGAUACAGCCAGUUUGCUCACCUCACCACCCACCAGAGAGUGCACACGGGAGAGAGGCCCUACAUCUGCCCCGACUGCGGGAAAAGCUUCACCACCAGCUCUGCCCUGACCAAGCACAAGAGAAUCCACACAGGAGAGAGGCCCUAUGUCUGCCCUGACUGUGGGAAAAGCUUCACUCAGAGCUCAAACGUUAUCACCCACUGGAGACUCCAGCACGGGAAAUCCCUUAAUGCCACCUGCUCGAGAACCACAGCCAACAAGAUCAACUCGUUCUGGAUUGUUGGGCCGGUCCUCCCAUGCGUCUCUGAGCCUCGCGUGUCUCCGAUCCACCGACAGGAUGAGCCAUGCCUGGAUCCAGAGUCGCGUGCACUGGGAAAGAGUUGCAGGUCCUUCCCUAACGUCUCUCUGUGCCCAGCCGCGGGGACUUUCUCCGGGGGCUGGAACCAGCCCCGGGCUCUGCCGACACCAGCCCCUGAGCCGGAGCCUGCAGGGUUUCAGUUUCCUAAAUCUCAGAGGAUCCCUUGGAUGGAGCAAGAGAGAGAGCCAUACAUCCUGGAUCUCCAGGCCUCCUCAGAAGAAGCGAUCCCAAGUGAUGCUAGCACAGCAGGUGACGGGAUGGUGAGUGAGAACGAGGAGGAGAACCUUCAGCAGGAAAGUCCCAAGCCAGUGGAACCGCACAGGUUGGUAGCAGGAGGAUGUGAAGGGAAUGUUUCCCAGAGCCCUGGUGAGGGAGAGGCCUGUGAGAGUGAGGACAGGUCAGAAGAGCAGCAAGUUGAGAGACUGGCUGUGCCCAAUCCCUGGGAGGGGAGCUACCAGGAGCUUGGAGAUGCCCAGCAGACCCUGCAGGUGGGUGGGAAGCAGAACAGCUGUGCCGAAUGCGGGAAACACUUCUCCCGGCGCUCACACCUCGUCAUUCACCAGCGCAUCCACACAGGCGAGAAGCCCUACCAGUGCUCCGAGUGUGGGCGCCGCUUCAGCCAGAGCUCCACGCUGAUCAGCCACCAGCGCACCCACACAGGUGAGAAGCCCUACACCUGCCCCGACUGCGGGAGGAGCUUCAGCCAGAGCUCCACGCUGCUGACCCACCAUCGGCUGCACACCGGGGAGACGCCCUACAAGUGCCUGGACUGCGGAAGGAGCUUCAGCCAGAACUCCACCUUCAUCAUCCACCAGCGCACCCACACCGGCGAGAAGCCCUACACCUGCCCCGACUGUGGCAAGAGCUUCAGUGUCAGCUCCUACCUCAUCACCCACAACCGCAUCCACCGUGGAGAGCGCCCCUACAAGUGCCCAGCCUGUGGGAAGGGCUUCAUCGACAGCUCCACCUUCGUGCGGCACCAGCGCACCCACACGGCUGAGAAGCCCUACCGCUGUGCCGACUGCGGCAAGAGCUUCAGCCUCAGCUCGUACCUGGUGAAACACCGCACCCUGCACACAGGUGAGCGGCCCUACAAGUGCACCGAGUGCGGGAAGCGCUUCGGCGAGAGCUCGGACCUGCUGCGGCACCACCGCACCCACACGGGCGACAGGCCCUUCCAGUGUGCCCAAUGUGGGAAGAGCUUCGGGGAGAGCUCCACACUCACCCGUCACCAGAGGACCCACCAGGGCAAGGAUGCACCCAUCUACUACCGGGGGGAUUUUCUCCUGAGACGGAGACUGCAGGGGCUGGUGACCUUCAAGGAGGUGGCUCUAUAUUUCACCCAGGGGCAGUGUGAACUUCAGGACCCAGGUCAGAGAGACGACAUGCAGGAGAACUAUGAAUCCCUGAUACUGCUGGACUUUCCGAUUCCUAAACCCAACGUGAUCUCUCGGAUGGAAACAGUGGAAGAGCUGGGUGUCCCAGAUCCCCAUGCUGCUAAGGAAUGGGAGAUCCUGAGAGUAGCCCCCACAGCAGAUGAUGGGAUAGGGAGUGAGCAUGAGGAGGAGAAUCUGGAGCAGGAAAGUCCCGAGAUGGUGGAAUUAGACAUGAUGUUGCUGGGAAGAGCUGAAGAGAACAUUUUCCAGAGCCCUGAACUUGGAGAAACCUGUGAGAGUCAGUGUGGACUGGAGAGGCAGCAGGAAAACCACCCAAAUGAGAGACUAGGGAUACCCACUCACCAAGGAGAAGGUUUUAAGGAAUUCAACAACAUCAGCAUCAACCGGAGAACAGAUAAGUCAGAAACCCAGAAAACAUGCACUGAGUGUGAGAAAACCUUUUCUUGGAGGUCAGAGCUGCUAAUCCAUCAGAGACUGCACACGGGAGAGAAACCCUACAAAUGCCUCGACUGUGGGAAAAGUUUCACACGAAGCUCAAACCGUAAUGCGCAUCAGAGGAUCCACACAGGAGAUAAGCCCUAUAAAUGCACUGAGUGUGGGAAAAGCUUCAGCCAAAGCUCACACCUGGUGAAACAUCAGCGGCUGCACGUGGGAGAGAAGCCCUACAAGUGUACGAAAUGUGGAAAAAGCUUCAGCUGGAGCUCAGACCUUAUUGUUCACCAGAGAAUCCACACAGGAGAGAGACCCUAUAAAUGCCUCGACUGCGGGAAAAGCUUCAAUCGGAGCUCGAACCUUAACACGCAUCAGAGGGCCCACAUGGGAGAGGGUCCCUACAAUUGCACCGAGUGUGGGAAAAGUUUCAGCUACUGCUCCUCCUUCAUUAGACACCAGAGAACCCACACAGGAGAGAAACCCUACAAAUGCACCGAGUGUGGGAAAACCUUCUUUGAGAGCUCGGCCCUUAUCAGGCACCAGAGGAGCCACACUGGAGAGAUGCCCUACAAAUGCACCGAGUGUGGGAAAAGCUUCUUCGAGAGCUCAUCCCUUAUCAAGCACCAGAGGAUCCACACUGGAGAGAAGCCCUACAAAUGCUCUGACUGCAGGAAGAGCUUCAAGCAGAGCUCAUCCCUCAUCAAUCAUCUGAGGACCCACACCGGAGAGAAACCCUACAAAUGCACCGACUGCGGGAAAAGCUUCACUGUGAGCUCUGCUCUGAUUAGACAUCAGAGGAUCCACCUGUGAUCAACAUCAGCUGCCAGCUUCCCUUCGGGGGCUUAUGUGAGGCCUGAAGAUAAGUCUGGGAACCAGAACAGGUGACUGUGGAUCCUUUGAGGUAUUGGAAAGGGCCCUCAGAAAGCCUGCGUCUUUGGUCUCUUGUUAUUCAUUCAGUGACCUUGUCCCAGUCUGUCACUGAAUAGAGCUGCCUCGAGAAGGACUAUGCUGUUUGGGCUGAUUCAGGCAGGAACUGGAUCUCACCGGGUAUCAGUAUGGCAUCGGGCGUGAUGGGGCUCCAGUCUCAGAUGGGAUCUCUUGGUAAUGCACAUAUUAAUGAUUAGAAAAGACUGGCCCUUAUUUUCCUCUUUCCCUGGUGGUCUCCUCAUCUUCCUCUCUCUCUUUCCCCUCUGUCCAGUCAUUGGAUUGAAGAGGACCCAGGAGAGUUCUUGAGAGAAUGUACAGAGAUAAAAGAGAAAGCUGUGAAUCCGAGCUGUCCAGUCAGUGAAACACCCCCAGAGCCAGGGUGAUCUGGGCAUGAGUGUGUUGUGUCCCAGCAGCUCUCCAGGAGGUACCAGCUGGGUGGGGGCCUCCGGAACUACAGGAGGAGAGGUGCCCAGCUGACACAGAGGCAAAGCCAAGCCAGAUAUCAGGCUGAUCUCCUGUGUUCUGGGGUGGAUUUGGAGGGACACUUCUCAUGUAUCGGUGGAGACCCAAAGGACAAGUAUUGCUCAGGAUCUGAUUGGAUGGCCCAGUGAAGGAUUCCUCUGUGUUUCCUGUCUGUAACUAACUCACAGGGCCCCAUGUCUAAACGCAUCUUGGAAUCACAUUUGGUCUUCGCCCCACAGUAACAUCCCUAACUCAAGCGAUCCAGCGACAAUACAGACAUAGGUUGUAGUGAAGAUGGAACCUAAUCCAAUCUUCCCUAAAUGGGUUAAAAACUCAGGCUUCAGGCUGUGUACAAGGACAUAACUAGAGACCUUAUGACCAUAUUAAAGUCAGGUGAGCGGAAUCUGUGCUGUAACCGGGACCUGAGUGAUAACUGUUGUGUAGAUGGGGCCUAGUGUCUAUAACUGUUUUUCCUUGCAGGUGGGAAGUUCUAGCCCAGUUAAUGAGCCCAGCUUGAAGCCUGGAACAUGCCUAGGCUAGAGUAUGGGCCCCUAACAUGUUUAUUUGCCUGUCCACAUGGGCAAGAAGAAACACUGUAAUUACACAAUC